AUGGUAUACGGCUAUUUCAACAAUGAUAACAGCCGAGACUUGGUCGUGCUCAAUCAGGAUGAUAAUAGUGUUAACAUAUUAUUAGGCAAAAAGGACGGUAACUUUCCAACUGAAAUCACGUUUAUAACCGGAAACACUCCAUUUGCUUUGAAAGUGGCUGAUUUAAAUUAUGAUGGUGUACCAGAUCUGGCAGUGACUAAUGAGAAUAGUCAAAGCAUCAGUGUAUUAAUUGGUAAUGCACUUGGAAACUUUGAAAGUCAAACGCAAUAUUCAGUGGGAAACGAUCCACACGCGUUGAUAUUCGAUUAUUUCAACAAUGAUACCCAUUUAGAUGCAGUAGUAUCUAAUUAUUAUGACAGCACGAUUAGUAUGCUGCUUGGUAAUGAUGAUGGAACUUUUCAGGAUCAAAUAGUGCAAGCAGUCGGUACACAACCAAGUGGUUUAACAUCGGGUGACUUUAACAAUGAUAGCAUAUUAGAUGCAGCUGUGACCAAUCAAGGUGAUAACACAAUAAAUGUGCUAAUUAGUAAUGGAAACGGAACCUUUCAAGUUGUAGGCACGUAUCAAAUUGGCAAUGGUUCAGACUCGUUAGUUUCGCACGAUUUCAACAAUGAUGAGCUACUAGAUUUGGCAGUAGUAAACUUUUACGAGACGACCGUAAGCAUACUGCUUGGUAAUGGAGAUGGAACAUUUCAACAAUCGGUCUAUUACCAGGCUGGCCCUAGUCCCAACAGUAUAAUAUCAGCUGAUUUCAAUAACGAUAAUCAAAAUGAUCUGAUAGUGGCUAACUGGCAAGCUAACACUGUCAGUGUGUUAUUUGGUGAUGGACAUGGACAUUUCCUUACUCUAGCGGCUUAUGAUGCUGGCAAUACUACAAGCAGUGUGAUAGUGGCUGAUUUUAAUAAUGAUAACAUGCUGGAUUUGGCAGUGGCUGACUACACCGGUGAGACCAUCAGUGUGCUAAUUAGAUGGGCGAAUGGAAGCGUUCAGCCCAAGGUUCAAUACGCAGCUGGCAAUCAACCGAGGUCAAUGGUUACGACCGAUUUUAACGGAGACAAUAACACCGAUCUGAUUGCGGCCAACUUAGGCGAUAACAAUUUAAUGCUGAUGCUUGGCAACGGAGAUGGCACCUUACAAGGUAGAUUGACAUAUAUGAUCCCCCAGGCAUCCAACUCUCUGGCAGUAGGCAAUAUGAAAAACGACAACAAAUCAAUUCUAAUUCUGACCAAUCAAAACAACACUGUUGAGAUUCUAUCUAACUGUUCGUAUGGAACCUUUCAAACUACUCUAAUGUUUGCUACUGGACGAAACCCGAGUAGCGCUCUAUUAUAUGAUUUCAACAAUGAUAAAACACUGGAUUUACUAGUGACCAAUAUGAACGAUAACAGCGUCAGCGUGUUACUUAUUUUGGGCAAUGGAACAGUUCAGAAUGAAAUGAAGUUUCAGACGGGAAGAAAACCAAUUUCGUUAAUAUCUGGUGAUUUCAACAGUGAUAAUAAAAUGGAUUUGGCGGUGACCAACUACGAUGGUAGAAACAUAAGUGUGCUUUUGGGCAAUGAAAAUAGAACCUUUCAGCCACAAACAAUGUACACAAGUGGAAUUAAUCCCAACUGCGUGAUAUCAGUUGAUUUAAAUAAUGAUGGAAUAUUGGACCUCGUUGUGGCGAACCAAGGAGAUAAUACUGUCAGUAUUUUGUUAGGUAAUAGAAAUGGAAUUUUUCAGACUCAAAUGAAGUAUAACGUUGGCAGUGGGCCAAGUGUUGUAGCAACUGCUGAUUUUAACCUUGAUAACAAAAUGGAUAUAGCAGUGGUCAACCAGUAUUCGAACAAUAUUGAUAUAAUGUUUGGAGACAAAAAUAUGGCUUUUCUUACUCGCCAAUUUUUUCCAACAGGCAUUUCGCCAAGCAUUAUAUUAGUAGAUGAUUUCAACAAUAACGAAAAACCAGAUCUGGCAGUGAUUAAUAAACUCUCUAAUAACUUGAUGAUUUUUCUAAACUCAUGCCCAUAA